CAGAGACAGAUAAACACCAGAGAGCAGAGCAAGAACAAUGGCUAUCACGCAAGUACUUGUCCUCUUAGCUUCUGCAUUACUCCUAUCAAUGCUCAUCACUUGCGUCGACUCGACCAGUUGGGUCAAAUGUUUUACGUGAUCUGGUCUAAUGAAACAUGGCAUGAACAUGCAGUUGAGAAUCCUGACGAAGUAGCUGCCAUGGUGGACAUUAAGCAUCUGUUUAGUCUAUUG